UUUUACUUCUUUUGUCAUCGCCGAAACGAAGACCAGACGGGAACUCUCAUCGAAUUUCUCUUCUUUGGACACAAUCUUAGGCGUCCUCUUUUCAACAACUACACUAGAGACCAAACGAGCCAAGUAGCGACACCCACUUCCUAACCAAGAUCGGUUAUCGAUAGCGCGUCGGGAAUUAUCUUGCUAUUAACUACCCAUUUCAUUCAUCAAUCACUUAUUCCCCGCUGCCCCUGCUUGUUUGAUACCCACGGAUUUUGGUUGCCAUUGUUACUCAAACAUCGUCAAACUUUGAUCGAUUUCCGUUCGUUAGCUCCACAACACUGUCGAGAACUCCAUCAAAAUCAUCGACAUCAUGUGUUUGAUCUUCACGUGCGGCGAGCACACCUUUCGCAAGGAAGUGGAAGGAUAUGAAGGACUUGUGUGCCGGUGCUACAACUGCGGUAACUAUUCGGGCAGUGUUAUAAAGAGCCAUCCAUGGUUCACUUUCUGCUUCAUUCCCGUCAUUCCUCUCUCGAUCAAGGGGUACGAAGACAUCUCGUGCCGCAUUUGCAACUUCCAACAACCACUCGAACAUAGACAGGACGUUCAAGCAAUGCGCCGGGGUGCAGACGGUAACCCGGGGGUGCCGUUACAACACCAACCACCUGGCGCACCUGCUCAAGGACUGCCUCAAGGUUGGGGCCAGAAGGCACCUGAACCGAACCAGCCAAUGCAGUAUCGCUAAAAGUACGAUUCAAGACUGAGGAAAUGGCACGGCGCGAGGACAGCGAGGUGGACUUACGAUCAUAAUAUGCAAUUUUGAAGUCAAGAAGAUGGAGUUAUGACCUGGAUGGUGGCUUGAUGUGGACAGGCCCAGAGGAAGCUACAUACAUGGCAGGCGUCGGUUGGAGCCUGAGCUUGAUAUCCCCAUUUGCAAUUUACGCCUUUCUUUUUCUUUUUUUAUUAUCAUCAUAAUGAUUAUUCAAAACACAUAUUGUCAGAGAGCAUGAUCGAUGAAGGAGGCGUACGGCGGUUCUCUUGCAUGUCUGGAAUUACAUGCAUUCACAAGUACACCUAUUUGUCUGCAACUUGAUCAGAUGGAAAUAUUGGGUUCAGAUGAAACGCAGCCGGUGCGUUUGACAUUUUGCACCUUCAAGUUGCUGCCAGACAUGCCUUUGCCUGUGGCGCACCGUCAAGUCGAACAGCUUUCCGUGACCUCGUCGGACGUUACGUUCAUCUCGCAUGCAGCGACCUCCACUGAACUGGGCCAUAAAGGUGCACAAGCCAUAGGCGUGUGGUCCAGAGACGAUGGUUGUGUUGCUUGACGGCCUUGCAAUGACAAUUCAGUAACAUCCA